AUGAAGACUUCUCUUCUCGUCGCGCUCAUCGUAGCCCUGUGCACGGAGAGUGAUAGUCUAAAGGAGGGUCCCAGACUUGAAAAAAAACCAUGUAGCCUGCAGCGUCAGGAGAGUACUGAAUGCAAGAGCCAGGCAGGACAGCCCAGAGAGUCUGGAGAUGGAAACGACCAUGACCAAGCUUUCUCCUUGACAUGUUUCACAUGCAAAGAUGCAUCUUCCAAUAUACAUUGUCUUGGUACAACCGCGUGCUCUGACCAUGAGAAGUACUGUCUCACAACCUAUUCUGUCACGGGACUCGGCAAUGACCGUAACCAGCGUAUUAACAAGAAAUGUUCUGCAUUUUGCCCAACAAUUGACCUGAAUAUCGGCAUAGCCAGUGUUGCUACCAGCUGCUGCGAGACUUCCUUGUGCAACAUCAGUGGUGCCAGCAGUGUGAAAACCAGCUACAGUAUGAUAGCUCUGGGCGCCUUGGCCAGUCUCGCUUGCAUCCUCCGGCUGGGUUUUUAAAGGGGCUGGGGGGUGGAAAAGAGCUGCUUGGCCUUGCAUUGCAAGGGAUCAAACUCUCAUCUGUACACUGUGAAUGCUGCCCGGUUUCUCCUACCUGGAAGGUCACAUCCCAUCAGCAAAUAU